AUCAACUGAACUUCCAACGGCAAACGGUUGGCCACGGCGCCCAAUCUAUUAUUAAUGGUGAGUUAAUUCAACGAACAUAUAUAUAGAAUAAGACUCGAAGUACAAGCUCAAGAAGAGUCCGCAUACUGAUACGAAAAACGCAGGACUGGUUGCAGCGUUGAUGAGUUGUAGCUGGUUUGUAAGGUACGAUGUGGACAAUGGUGAAUGUCCAUCAGGCCCAAUGAAAGGUAUCUAUCGGACCAUCUGUGUGAGAACAAAGAUAGGGCUCGGACAGCCUAUCACUGAGCAGGUCGCACAAACAGACAUACACAACCCCUGUCUUUGAGCGUCUAACCUUCCCCUCACACAUCAUAAAUGCCAGAAACCACCGCAAUCUACAUACACGGACACCAUGAAUCCGUCCUACGCUCCCACAACUGGCGCACCGCACAAAACUCCGCAUCCUACCUCCUGCCAUGCAUACAACCAAACAUGCACAUCCUCGACAUAGGCUGCGGGCCGGGCACCAUCACCCUCGAUUUCGCCACCCUCGUCGGGCCCACAGGACACAUCACAGGCAUCGAGCCUUUCCCCGGCGACAUCCUCACCCAAGCUCGCGAAACAGCCACAUCGCGAGGGAUCACGAAUGUAGAGUUCAAAACCGGGGAUAUCUUUCAACUAGAAGAGCUGUUCAAAAAUCGCAAAUUUGAUAUCGUGCAUGUGCAUCAGGUGUUGCAGCAUAUCGAUCGGGAGAGGGUAUCGGAGGCUUUGAUGCAGAUGAAGGCUGUUACGAAGCCUGGGGGGAUCGUUGCUGUUAGAGAGACGGAUUUUGCGGCGACGACUUGGUUUCCUGCUUCUGCUGGGAUGACGGAGUGGAUGGAUACGUAUCAGCUUGUGGCGCGUGCUAAUGGGGGAGAAACUGAUGCGGGGAGGAGGUUGGUGAGUUGGGCGUUGGGGGCGGGGUUUGCGAGAGACAAGAUCACGACUUCGGCUGGGACGUGGUGUUACAGUACCCCUGAUGAGCGAGAGUGGUGGAGUCGGAUGUGGGCUGAUCGGACGCUUUCGUCGAAUUUCAAGACGACGGCGCUCAAGAAUGGGCUUGUAGACGAGGAGAAGCUGAAUAGAAUUGCAGAUACAUGGACGGAAUGGGGUAAAUCAGAGGAUGGUUGGUUCGCGAUCCUACACGGUGAAAUCAUCUGUCGCGUCGACUGAUAGCAGGUAGUCGAUAUACAUGGAUUUGAUUAUUAUUAUCAGAAAUAUCGGAAAAUGUAAUGCAAACAAAGGAUGCAGCAGAUAAAUGACAAGGUUC